AUGGACUGCAAAAGAACUUGGAUUCAAUGUAGUAACAACUCAUGUGGAAAAUGGAGGGUUGUUCAAGACGAAAUUGCAACGAAAUAUGCAGAUAUCCCAUGGACAUGCGACAUGAACGAAGAUCCACACUAUAACAAAUGUACCGUACCUGAAGAAAAAGUCGACGUUCCGCGUGGAAAAAAAGUUGUGGUAACGAAAUUUCCGUAUGACAAAGGCGACAUCGUUAUGGCAAAAAUGGCGGGGUAUUGCCUGUAAGUUUUACAUUACUAGAUAAAGUUAAGAAAAAGGCAAAACAUUUAACCAUUUACGUCUACUUUUUUAUAUUAAGUACUCUUGUUGUCUUGCAUAUUAAUUGUUUCACAACAUAUAUAUAACUGAUCAUAUAAGAGUAUUUAAAAACAAUUAAAAAUCUUUUUAUCUUCACCGAAUUUUAAUAUAAAGUUUUCUAUACGUUUUGUUCGGUUGUAAUAUUAAAUACUCAACAGUUAAAUAGCCCAGAGUGACGUCUUCACUUGCUUGUUUGAGCGAGGUUUUACCGUAUUAAAAGCCCGAAGGCUGAGGUUCUCAAGUUGUUUAUAUCAUGGUAUUUUGAAAAUUGUAAUAAACGCGAGGGCAAAGACCAAAGUUCGAAACCGAUUCAUUUUCAAAAUAUUAUAGAAUGUGAUAUAAGAACGUUUUUCGUUUUGAGAACGGCAAAGGUGCGGGAAUCGAGAAUGAGAGUUAAAUUUUAAUAAAACGAUAUAUCGUGCAGUGCUUCCACUUUGGCAAAGCAAAAAUUCUCGUUUUUGUCCUUUUUUUUCCGCAAAAUUUCCUUCGCAAAAUCCUAAAUUUCCUUCUAUUUUUCCUUCCAAUCUCAGUUUAAAAUAGUAUAGUAAAUUUUGUAUUGUACUUUAUUCCGAUGUAAAUUGAAGGUGUAUACUGCAGUAUUCAAAUAGUGAAUCUCUAAUUUAACCUGAAAAAACAUGUUCUAUUGUCUCAUUUUUUGUCUGUUUUCUCGAACGACAUAGUACUUAAUUAAACGACUUUUUUAUGAAUUUGCUUUUGGACCAGACAUUUGUCCUGCACGCUUUCUACUCCGUUUGCGUUUGAAAACUACUUGAAGCUUCAUCUUUUGAUGAGCCUGACUAGAUGUUCAAUGACUAAAUAUGAGCCGGCAUCAUAAUUUAUAAAUUACUUUUUUUGGUUUAGAAAUUACAGUUUCCCUUUUUUCAACUGUUUGUUUUUUGGGUUAUAAAAAUUAAAAACUCGCGAAAAAAUUGAGCCCCCGUUAUUUAUGUACAAGUACUCUACUCACUCACUCACUCACUCACUCACUCACUCACUCACUCACUCACUCACUCACUCACUCACUCACUCACUCACUCACUCACUCACUCACUCACUCACUGAAGACCUGUUAAGUCCCAAAUUACCCCCAUUCAUCCUUGAUAGUUAUGUAAAUAUCCAAAGUAUUGUUUUUAUAAAUGUUUUUGAACUCAAAAGUUCAUAAUAAAGUGUUUAACCAUUAUUAAACUACUAGAAAUUACUGAAAAAGUUUAUAUUGUAAAAUUUCCUUCCCUUUUCCUUCCAAAUGGCCGAAUUUCCUUCCAAUUUCCUUCCAAAUCUUAUUUCCUUUUAUUUUUCCUUCCAAAUGCCAAAAUAUCCUUUUGGAAGGAAAUUUCCUUCCGAGUGGAAGCUCUGAUAUCGUGUAUAUAAACCAUUGCAGGGGCCGGAACAGGUGGGAAAUUUGUCUGAGCAUGCGCGAGCAAAAUGAGCCACGCAAUUGCGUGGAAUACACGCAACGCGUGUUUACAAAAAGCAGCAAUUGUGUAAAUACCGGUAUUGCCAAAUGUUUGGUACAAAAUAAAUUACUGUUCUAUGUUGAAAAUGGACAUGAUCUAAAUUUUAGUCAUACAGAAUUUUUUAGUGAUAUUCUAUUUCAGUACCCUGCCAUUGUCUCUGGUGUGCUGUCCGUGUGCAUUCGAUCUGAAACAGUUGCUACUUUGCUGUCGAAACAUUUCGAAUGUUUACAUGAAAAUAGAGACAAGUCAUGCAUUUUAUAACCUCGUAAGCUCUGUGAGCCCCUAUUUUUACGCUUAUACUUAAGAUAUCAAAUAAAAAUACAUGAAACAGAGAACAUUUUUAGAAAGUUUUAUCGUGAGGCCACGGACAGUUUUUAAAAUAUUUUCAUUUAUUUUCCGGUCAUCACCAAACUUACACUGAAGCCGGGCUUGAAUAUACAACAAAUUUUGAAUCUCAUCAAGUACAAAAAUAUUUAACGUGUAACCAAAAUAUGCUCAUGAAAUGGAAAUUAAGAGCUAAAUUUUCAAACUAGACCCUUCUCGAGGUGGUUUCAUGAAGGAAGUUCACCUUUCGGCCUUUGAUUCUUGGCAAAAAUUUGACCGCAACACGUGCGAAGCAACUGGGUCUCAAAGACUAAAACAUUGUGAGCCCCUAUUUUCCUGAAGACAUGUUUGAUACCUACAAACGCCGAAAAUGUUUUUCUUUUCAUUUAGCUAUAUUUGAAAUUGAGGCCACGGCCCACGGGCUAUUUUUAAGAAAAUACAGUUCGAAGUCAAGUUAUUUUUACAUAUUUUCAAAAUGUGUCGAAUUUCGCGAGCUUGUAUUUUGAACUUAGACCGCUGAAGUUACAUUAAGAAACAUAGGAUGGUCAAUUUGAGGAAUAUAAAAUAAAUUUCAACUUACAUUUCAUUCUCAUAUCACUUUUUCUUCGUUUAUUACGGUUUUAAGCAAGCCAUAGCUCGACGUAUACGGUAUUUACUCCCAUGUUCACGUCGCCAUAUUCACUUCUUCCAAUCACUCAAUUACAAAAAAAAAUCAUCCCAAAACAAAGAAUUCAUCAUCAAUUUUUAAAAGAAUAACUGUUAAUUUGUGAAUCGUUGAAUGGAAAGCAAAAAAUCCUCAGGUAAAAAAUUUCCCACCUGUUGUGCAGGGGCGUUAGGGCGUAGGAACAGGGGGCACGUGCCCCCUCCCCCCUCAAUUUGUUCAAAGUGCCCUUUUUUGUGAUGAAAAGUGCCGUUUAUGUACAAGCUAAUGUUGCUGUAAAUACUAUAUUAAUAUCGAAGGUGCUCUUUUUGUGAGGAAAGGUCGAUAGUUUAAAAAAAUUUGUUCAAAAACGUUCAUUGUACGUUGGAAUUCGAAAAUUUUUCUCCCGUUUUUCUUCCCGUCCCCUUCGCCAACAUUUCCGGGAAAAUAUGUUUAGAUGCCCUUUAAUAUCACUUUCAAAAGUACCCCUGGAAGCUGAUGCCGCCUCCCCCCAUCUUUUGAUGCUUCGUAUACACCCCUGAUGACGUGUUAGUAAAAUUAAAUGUUAUUGCUUUAAACAAGAACAAGAGUUGCAUGAGAGUUGAUGAGAGUUGACUGGAUAUUAUCGCGCGCGUUGCGAAAACCUCUUCAACUCUUAUUAAAAUUUGAACCUGUUCAAAGUCGACACUAGAGUUAGUAGAGUUGAUGAGAUGAAGAUUGGCAGUCAAACGAUCAUAAGCUAAACUUUAGUGGUCACACUACAUAUAAGAACACGCAAUGUUCGUAAACUGCUUGAACUUAAUCUAGUAUACUCUCCUAAAAUCCUAAUUCUUGCGCAAUAACGAAAAUUAUAAAGGUUAGCACUCAGGGCCAUUUUUAAGAAUUCGUCAAUGGGGAGCAGUGGCGUGCUGGCAGGGGGAGGGACGUGGGGCGCAAAAAUGAAAAGAGGGCGCCGAUCCCGCGCCGAAUUUUGAAAGUGGGUGGGAAAAAACGCAUUCGAAAAAAUAUAGUUACUUCCGCCAAGAAAAGAUGUGUUUAUAGGCUUAUAAACAGACUAAACGCAUAGGCGACAAAGUGAUAUAUAAAUUACAGACUAUUUGUCUAACCGUAUUUGCUAAUUUGCUACCUCACGGCGCGCGGCUAGCACGAAAUCGUUCAUAUAGAAACAUGAUCAGUGAUCACACGCAAUGUACGUCUCAUUAUCGGAAUAUUGGUCAGGUUUCGAAGCGAUCACGGGAAUUAUGCCCUUUCUGCUGGUAUUAUGCCCUUAUAUUAUGCCCUUCAUUCUGCUUCACGAAUCACGAGAGCGGCGCAAAUUAGAUAGUUGAAGUUAUGAUAGUGUAAAGUUGUGUACGCAAUUUAGUUGUUUACGCAAGAAAUAUCAUGAGUAAUGUAAGUAAUGAGACAAUGCUGAAACGUGCCUGGCCCCUUUUGGCAGCCAGGCAAGGAAACCUUAAAAUGCAUAUGCGUGGGGUCCGUGUGUUAUUGUAUAAAGAGCUGUAAGUUGUAAAUGUAUUCAGAUCAGUAGAGAUUAGAAUUGGGAUUAGAUUAAUCGCUGGAAUAGUUAGCAUUGCCCAAUUUAAGUACUACUACUAAAUUCUAACCAAAUUGCAAAUGUCGACACGUUAUAAUGCCGUUUCCUGACCAUCAGAUUUCUAUCAAAUGGCUUCCCCAAAGUCCAGGGAAUGGCAUUUCAGAGACUCUCAAUUCAAAAAUUUUCCUUGGGGGCAUGCCAACGGACGCCCCUAGACAAACCUCGCACCUGCGGCGCUCGGCUCGUGCCCUCGGCCCUCGUUUAUCAAGCGUAACAUUAUAGGGGCGCAUAUUGGUUGACAGCCCAUUGCUCCCCCCCCCCCCCAGAAAAAUAGUACCCAGCACGCCACUGAUGGGGAGGGGGUUCUACAGAAGGGGACCAUACUAUACUGAGUGUGGAGAGAUGACGGUGUCGUAUGUGAUAGUAGGGGCCUAGGGGGCUCAUGGGGAAUUGUCCCCCAGAAAAUAAUGGUCUUAUAUUUCCACCCGUAGGACUGCAUUUCAUGCGUUUUCGAUUCUGAUACAGAUUUUAGGAUAUACAGUGUCAUAUUAUACUGUAGAUACUAGAUAGAUAAGUACUUGCAUGGUAUGUUUAUGUAGAUACCACAACUCGGUCGACUCAAAUCUAUAGAGUUGGGGAUGUGCUUUCCUCUGGGAAAUUUUUAAAAAUUUUGAAAUAAAAGGUAUUUAUUAGCAUUUUUAAGAAGAUAUUGAAUCAUUUGAAGAUAAAAGACAUGAGAAAAGAUUCACAAAGCAAGGUUCAAUUACUAGAAUAUCAACCUCCCUUCAUGUUUCGUCCAAUAUUUUGCUUAUAUUUUAGAGAAAAGGAACCUUGACUGGGGAGGGGGGCAAAAUGGUUGACUGCAGGGGGCACCAUGGGGGGCUGGAGAGGGGACUCCCCCCAGGUAUAUAGUUAAAAAAGGCCCUGUUAGCACUUUUAUUCAUUUUUUAAAUUGAAUGUUUUUUAGGUGGCCGGCCUUUAUUACUCCUGAUCCUAACUGUGACGAAUAUUACGAUGCCGUACUGAAUGAUAACGACGAACAGGAAGAGAUCACUCAUUUCCAUGUAGAAUUUUUUGGUCGACCGAGAACUCAUGCGUGGAUAAAGUCAGAUAAUGCGUUUCCUUACACUGGAUAUAGAAGGACGACGAUUAAAUCAAAAUGGAGAAGAUCAUACAAUAUUGCAAUGGAAGAUGCUCUUAAGUGGCUACCUUUAACCUGUCAAGAAAGACUUGAUAAAUGCGCAUUUAGGUAUUUGGGAACAAGUGGCACAGAAGAAGGUGAAUAUUUUUGUCUUACCAGAAUUACAAGCCCUCGCCAGAAAUCAAGCAAAAUGCCUAAUAAUAUUGUCAGUGACAACAAUUCUUUAUAAUUAGACUCCCGAGCAGUCCCUCGGGAAAAAGGCGGGACCACCGACGCCCACUUUUCGCCCUUGUCAAGUUGGCUCCGCCUUUGCAUAAAUAUUACUUAUAUCCAAUUAAAUAUAUCCAAUAGAAACCGUUAAUGUCAUGUUUAUUUAUAAAAUCAACAUCGGUCUGGAAUUAUUUAUGAGCCGAUUACAUGGAGAACUUUCAACCCCGGGGUUGAAAGUUCUCCAUGUAAUCGGGUUGAAAUCUUUUGCGAUUACAUGGACGAUUUCAACCCCGGGGUUGAAACGCUAUACUAUACGUUCUCGGCAUCGAUUCCCGGAAGUAAAAAAGCCUUUAUUUUGUUUUGUUGUAACAAAUAGUCACUACCACGUAUGCUCGAAUAAGUCAUGAUAAUUUCAGCGCUGGGUUGAAACGAUUACAUGACAAAAUUUUCAAUCCAGGGCUGAAGGUCAACCCCGGGGUUGAUAUUUCAACCCUGCUAGCUGAAGCAGGGUUGAAAUUUCAACCCCGGGGUUGAACUCAGCCCUGGGUUGAAAAUUUUGUCAUGUAAUCGCGCGUUUGAUUUUGAUAGAGUUUUGUAUUACAGACAGGGCUGGAAUUUCAACCCGGUAAACAGGGCUGAGUUCAACCCCGGGGUUGAAAAUGCUCUAUGUAAUCGGCCCCUUAAUAGUACAAUUACUACGUAUCAGAUUUGAUUGACAGGCGUAUCGAUUUCGACCAGUGGGAAUUUUGCGCGUUGUGUGGGCAACGCGUAUUUCAUUUAUUGAUGUGUUGUCUGCAGUCCCUCCUUUCCUUUCGCAUGCCCGGAAAUCUAUAGCCGCGGAAAGAAAGGACCGCUCGCAGUCUACUUAAUAAUAUCAUUUGGUACCUUUCACACCUUUCUGCAUAAUAUCAUCUCAAAUGAGAUGUUUCAAGUUCCCCUUAAUCUGUUGUCUGCACUCAGGCACAAACGGCCAAUGAAAGCAAAUGGUCUGCCCGCCGCGGUACACCUAAAUUGGUGGGCGUAACGAAGGAGGCGAAAGACCGUCUCCCGGGUUAGGCUAUAUGUAUAUUAAAUUCCUGUCCAUCAGUGGACGAGAACUGUAUGCCACAUGGUAUGAUACUGCUGUAUACAGUACAUUUCUUUGCCCAUAUAUAAGUGUAGCAUGAUCAAGAUUUCUUAUACAGACAACGAAUGUAUCUUUUCUUUCUCAGGUACUCUAUCUUUCAGGCCGGAAGAAAACACGACUAAGAAUAUAAAAGUAAGAAGGAGUCGUCGUAUACGCAAUCUAUUAUAUUUCUUCUUCAAUCUGGUAACAUCGUUUUUACUUUCUUAUAUACAGCACGACGGAGGAGCAAGAUUUUCCCAAGAAUUUAAUCUUUUCAAUAUUGAAAAUGGCGUCGAAGUUGAUAAGAUAAAACUCCCAGUAUGGUGUGGGCAGCACAUUGACCUGCAUAAAAUAUUUGAGACAGUGAAAAACCAUGGAGGUUUUACUGAGGUAAAUUAACUGUUAAAAAGCGAGUGAUCAUCAAAACAAUUGCCAUUUUAGUACGAAAAUUCUCAAACGUGAGAGAAGCUCAUGUCAAUUUAUCAGUUUAAUGAAGUUAACGAUACUUUGAUCUUAAACGAACGGUAUCAGGUGGUUGGAUAAUUAAUCUACUUGUAACAGAAAUGCAGCGCAAUGCAUGAUCUGGUGAGGAAAUAAGUAUUAAUCAACCUACGGCCAUAUAAAGCGAACAUGAUUUGGUCAAAUUUGUCAGUUUUCUUAAGAAACGUAUAUCGGUAAAAGAUUGUUAUUCUACAAAACAUCAUUGAAUAAUUAUGAAUUAGUUUGUAAAUGUUGCUAAAAAACCAACUUGCAAAAAUGAUUAAGAAGAGGUCAAAAUCUUUAAAAAAUUUUAAAAAAAAUAACAAUUUUUUCAUGAAUUAAAUAAUUAGAAUAUCGAAUUAGGAAUUUGGGUAACCUUUAUAUUUAUACCCAUGAAACAAAGAAUACAUUGAUCUCUAAAAAAAGGACUGGGCAGUGGAAAUAUUAUUGGUAAAAACGUACUCCAAAUGAAGUUGAAAUGCUUCCUGAAAAUAACUUCAAAUUGUGAUAUUGUUCACAGGCCCUUCAAAUAGAAUAAAGUUAUAGUAACUACUGUCAGCAUUAUAGAAUUAGCUAUCUGCAUACAUGCAUGCAUUGAUGGGUCUAUACAUAAAUGAAUAACUCAUAAGUCUUAUAAUUAUAACUGAUUUGAGAAUAAGCCUGCUGUACACGAAAAAAUUAUGUCGGGCUGUCAUUGUUACGAUUCUUUAGGUGUGCAGAAGACAUUUGUGGCUGACGUUAUGGAAAGGUCUGUUGGGAAACGUUCAAUUCUCAAAUAAACCGAGUGGAAGCAGUUUGAAGCAGUUUUAUGAGAGGUAGAUAAACGUUUUUAUUGAUUUGUGCAUGGUUUUGUGUACAAUAAAUUGCUAAAAAAGUCCCAAAUUACAUAAUGUAUCCAAUUAAACCAAACAAAAUCAUUAUCCUUUUACUAAUCAACGGGCCGCUAGAACUCCGGACAUGCAGUAACUACAGCUGCUGCACGCACCAGUUGACGUUGUUGCAGAUAUCAAUAUGUGUAUGAAAGACUUUGUCAUUUUCCUGCAUGAUGUUAACAGUGUAACAAAUCCGCUACAUUAAUCCAUUCUCUCGUGAUGUUUGUAUACCCUUUCUCUUGUUUGCCGUAGAAAUAUAUUAUAAGAACUGUGCACCGUACCAGCCAAUAGCCACAAUGUGGAAAUGCUAUUAUACCAUUAUUUUAAACCAUUAAACCAAUGAUACAUACAAUAGUAUUGGGAAAACGAAUAUUAAACUUGUCUAUUUAUAGGCUAUAAUCAACAGUAUUCUCGCUUUUAGACACCUUCUUGAUUUUGAGCUGUAUUUGAAAAUGAAGGAAGAACGAGGUAUGCUUUGCACUCAUAAAUAAUUGCAGCUAAAUGAAUAAUUUUAAGUUCAAUUACAAAAUUGACAUUGCAACGAUCAAGACUGGAACUAAGAAACACCAAAGGUGGAUUUUUAAAAAUAAACGCGAGCAAUAUAGGAAAGGUUUUGAACAAGUUUAAAACUUCGAGUCAUGAAAGAUUAUAUGAAAUUUCAAUCAACGUUCAAUUAUAACCAAUUGCACCGAUUUCAUUUUGGCAAUGUUUUAAACAUUUAUAAAUAUUUCACGGAUUUUAGCCCACAGAAUCGAACCUUAAAAUGGUAUAUCCUGUAUGUAUAAACCAUGCAUAUAUAUAACGAUUUUGUAAAUUAAAUGUUAUUGCUUUAACGAUACAAAUACAUACCUUUCACAGAAAGCCAAAUACUGCGCAACUCCCAACAGGAAUAUGGGCUACAAGGCAAUCCAAAUAUUCCAAAGAGAAGAGGCAGCCCAAGGAAAUCAAUGCCGAUGGGAUCAAGUAAACCAGAUGUUGUUCUCAGCAAUAGAAAUUGUGGAGGCUGUGAUUCGCCUGAUCCAGGGCAGACUUCGUUUCAGUCACAACAAUUAUCAACUGAGGGAACAACGCCAUCAAGGAGAGGCAGAAAAAGGAAGUCAGAAGCAACUGAAUCAUGUAGAUCUAUUCUGACGUCUAAUACUUCUUCGGCUAGCUAUUCAAAUCCUAAUAUCGUAGAUGUUGUAGGAAGCAACAAUGUUAAGAUACUAGGAGAACAAAAUGUAGUUUCGUUUCAGCCCAUACUCGAUAAACUAACUCAGGAAAAGAAACCAAAAAAAAGAAAACCAAAAAAGUUUAUUUCACCAUUCCUCGCAUCUACUGAUUCAGACCAGCAUGAAAAUAUACAUAAAGAACUAAAGAAUACUGAAAUAGAUGUAGAACAGGCAGUGCCGCAGUUAACAGUUGCAGAUGAGAAUUUUCAUAUAUAUUUGAAGACUGCAGAAGCUGAUACGCAUGAAACCAGUGUCGCUGUGCCAUCUAUGAUUGCGUUGGAUCCUAAUCGUUCACCGACCUCUUCCAGUUCGAAUAAGGAAGAUAGAGAUUUCACACCAAGUGCUGACUCAAAAGAAGAAUAUAUUAUGCCAGUUAAUACAGCAAAUAGAUUACAAAUGGCUGCAGAUUCAACUUCUCUUGUACCAGGCGGGUUUAGUUUUAGCUUCCAAGGAUCGGGGGAAGUCAAUGAUCUUGGAACAGGUACCAACACUGACAUGACAAAUAAAAACGUACCAUCCCCACAAUCCCCAUCUGAGGGAUAUGAAAGUGAUAUGUUUUUAAAUAAUGCUUGUUCAAGUCCGACAUACGAACCACACGAUUUUGCUAUGGCCAGUAAACCAUCCUCUAAACCAUGCCCGAAAAUAUCUGGAUAUGAAUAUGUUCCAAGUUCCAAUCCAAGUUCGCCACAAAUUGUUCCAACUGAAGGUAAUGACUUGGAUUAACUACGAGAAUUUGGUAAUGAUUUUCGCUGAGAGAACUAAAACGUAAGCUUUACCAUCAUUAGAUAAAGAGACAUAUAGGGUGUGUAUAAAUAACGGGAAUCCUCGAUUCAAAUGCAAUUUUGAAAUGUAUGUGUUUAGAUUCAUUCGAAAGCUUAGCCAGUCAGCUUUUCAAAAAGUUACAAUAAAGGGUGGACCAUUAGAUGUCUUGUGAGGGUAGUGGGUGGCAGAUCCCAAACAGUGGAAUUUGAAAAAACGUCAUAGAAGCAUUUAGGGAAAGAGACAAAUUCCUUCAGCUACAUAUACAGAAAUAUAUACAAAAAAAUAUUUCUGCAUGCACAGCUUAUAUACCAGCAACAAUCUUAAAAAAUUAUUGCAAGGAGGAAAAUUUCCCUUCCAUCCCUGCUAGGAUAUCUACUGUAAUGGUCCACCCUUAAUUCUCACUUGUCAUAUUAUAUAAAAAGAACAAGCUUUUAAAAAGAUAAAAAAAUUUAAAAGGAUUGCAAUUUGCAAAACAAUUAAGCAUAAAAUAUGGUUCCUGGGUUUAAUGUACACUGCGCAUAAAUACAAUUGGCUUAUUGUAUACACAGCAAAAAAUCAUUUUCUUAUUAAGAAAAAAAUUUCUUAAUUUAAGAAAAAAAAUCUUAAAAUAAGAAAAUAAUUUUCUUAGUAAGAAAAAAUUUUCUUUAAAUAAGAAAUUUUUGAAUCCCAAGAUAUCUUUUUCUUAAAAUAAGAAAAAAUUUUCUUAAUAAGAAAACAUUUUCUUAAAAUAAGAAAAUACGAUUUUCUUACUUUCUUAAUAAGAAAACAUUUUCUUAAAAUAAGAAAAUACGAUUUUCUUACUUUAAGAAUAUGUUCGUGAGACAAGAAAUGAAAUUCUUAAAAUACAAAGUUAUAAAAUAGUAAGACAUUAUUACUUAAAUUUUCGAAGCAAGAAAAUGUAAAAUGCUAGUGUUAUAGGACAACUUAUAUCUUAACAAGACUUAGAACAACGUAUAUCUUAUUGCGUCAGGUAAAUUUGUAGUUUUUAUUUCGAAUUGAAGAGACUAUAUGACCGGCAGCUCACGGUUGAUCAAACACUUAAUGGUCGGCAGUACAUUGACUAUAUAGUUAAAGUUGAAUCUUCAGUAUAAGAUAGAUAAACCGAUCCCUAAUCCCAAACCCUUCUCUAACCCUAACCCCUAACCCCUAACCCAUGUUUUUCUUGCAAAAUUUGUAGACGACUUCGAAGAAGACUGUGGCAUUUCUAUUGAACGAGAACUUGAAAAAAUGGAGAGAGUUUUACAGGAUGGCGACUGUGAUGACUUGAAGG